AUGUUCACAAUUAGAGCAAUCAGAGAUAAUGCCUUUGAGGCUGGGUUUACGUCCUGUUAUGAGGUGCUUCACCCUGAAACACUCGAGGAGGGCGUUAACUUUGUAGAGUUGCGCUGGAAAGAGGAGUUUAUGAGUGAUGAUAAGUGCGAAUGGUAUUGGGAUCUCGAUCUAGCCUCCGUCCCUACUCAGUUCGUGUUGGCGCGGUGGGUAGAUUGGAUGGAUGUCUUCAACCGGCACUUCGAAACUUUAGUAUCUCAUUCCACCGAGGUAUUUGAGCGAAGCUAUCAGCCAGUUAGACUGCGUGCGAACCUAGCGAAUAUCGCAUUCGGCGAUAAAGCAAGGCAUGACACAGCGCUUUGGGAAGCUAUCUCUAAUAGCCUGCAUAAUCGAGACCCAAACGCGCCUACACGUCUAACUAAAAAGGAAAUUGAUCAAUUUGAAUCAAGAAAAGAUAUAACAGAGCUUCGCAAGGAGCUGAAAUACAUCACAGCCAAAGAAGGGUCAUCUAGUCAAGAAGCAAAGAAAGUCUCAUCGCGAAUCAGAUAUACUCUUGACUGCCUAGAGAGACUAGAAAUUCAGGAAAAACGCCGCAAGUACUUUGAGGAAGCAGAUAAGCUACGUGCAAUGAACAAAUCAACGGCACAUCUUAAACAAGAGGUGCAAAAUUCAAAAAGAAAGAGGUUCGGAAAUAGCAGUGCCUAUGCCGCUAAGCUGGCUAGUCUUUUAUUCCAAACGAAUAUCACUUCCGCUCUAGCCGAUCGUCUUGUCGCUUUUAUAAGCGGAGCAAGCGUACUGAACGAGAUUGGAGAUGUUCAUCAUUUCAGGAAGGAAUCGAAGGAACCCGCGCGAUGUCUCUUUGGCUGUGGAACCUUCUUUAACACGUCAGCGCUCACAAGACAUGUUCGCCAUCUACACAUGCAUAUCUUCAAGGCCCGGUUCUUGUGCCCCGAGUGCAAGCGGAUGAACCUUGGAGAUGUGGUGAUUGAGGCGAAUCCCUGUGCCUGGAGUAGCUAUGUUCGAAGAGUCCAUGGCGCGGUUCACACCCCAAACCUAGAGUCUCUACCGGAUGUUCUCUGCCUCUUAUGCGACCAACAAUACAAACAGAGAGGGUUCUCGCGCCACCUGAACACUCAUAGUGAGCUAUUUGACGAGCCAAUCUCAUGUCCAGCAUGCCUACAAGAGGGCAGGAAGGUCGAAGUCGAGGGCAUGGGAGGCUGGAUCACCCACGUAGCAGACGUUCACGGAGGCGACAGGAUUCUCGGAGCCAUAGAGGUCUACAAGACCUCAUUUUCAGAUGCUGAAAUCACUCCAAUAGACAUAAACCCUGCCGAGGCGCAACACAGAAAAGAGCUUGCGAGAAGACGACAAGUGGAUCGCAAGAGAAAGGCAGGUAACGCUGUACCAUCGGCUCCCCUCCCAUAUAAACGGGCGAAAACGGACUUAUCACUACCUUACGCACAUGCUAGUGGUGACUCGGAUUGGGAAAUCUCAUCACCGGACCCUCACGCGGAUGAAGAGUUCUGGGUUGAUGGAAGGGAGUAG